CGCAUUGUACCCUGUUUGCAUCUGACGUCUGAAAUAUUAUUUGAAUUUCGUUAUCGUAGGCCUGUGGCUGAUUGGGCCAAGAGCUCUCGUGUAAAGCAAUUUCUAUUUAUCAGCAGUGCUGGGAUUUACAAGCCAACUGAUGAGCCUCCUCAUGUUGAAGGGGAUGUAGUCAAAGCAGAUGCUGGCCAUGUUGGAGUUGAGAAAUAUAUGUCAGAGAUCUUCGAAAAUUGGGCAAUAUUCCGUCCACAAUACAUGAUUGGCUCAGGCAACAACAAAGAUUGCGAGGAAUGGUUCUUUGACCGUAUAGUCCGGGGAAGGCCAGUCCCAAUUCCUGGCUCUGGGAUGGAGCUAACUAACAUUGCUCAUGUCCGGGAUUUAUCAUCCAUGCUUACUUUGGCUGUUGAAAAUCCAUCUGCUGCAAGUGGUAACAUCUUCAACUGUGUUAGUGAUCGUGCUGUGACGUUGAAUGGAAUGGCGAAACUGUGUGCUCAAGCUGCCGGGCUCCCUGUUGAGAUAGUAAAUUAUGAUCCGAAAGCAAUUGGAGUCGAUGCAAGGAAAGCAUUUCCUUUCCGCAACAUGCAUUUCUAUGCUGAGCCACGAGCUGCGAAGGAGAUUCUUGGGUGGAGGGGUACGACAAACCUUCCAGAAGACUUGAAGGAGCGAUUCGAUGAAUAUGUCAAGAUUGGAAGAGACAAGAAAGAAAUAAAAUUUGAGCUUGAUGAUAAGAUCCUUGAAUCCUUGAAAGUACCAGUGGCUGUUUGAUUCAAGUUCAUGGAAGUAGAAGGCAUUUUAGUCUGAUAUAAAGCUAUAGAUAUUGCAAACAGUUCAUCCAAUUUUGAUUAUUCUGAUAAAAACAAAUACUAAUGCCAAAUAAGGUGAAUCUUCUUAUAAUC